ACUCAAUCUGCACUAAUCUACGACUCAGUUCAUUUAUUGGGUAAAGUUUUGAAAAACGUACACACUUACGAAAUACCCAAAAACAAUUGUGAAAAUAGUAAACCAUGGAAAUGGAAAAGCUCAAUCGUAAAUUACAGUCGACAAAUGCAAAUAGAAGGUCUCACUGGAUUUGUCAGUUUUGAAAAAAAUGGAUUCCGUCACACAGGUUUUCAAAAAACAUCAAAUUGGAAGUUUACAAGCAAAACAACAUUGAAUGUAAUUCGAGUGACCACACUACUAAAUGAGCCUUUUUUAAUGAACAAAAACAGUACAAGAGAGUUAAAAGGAAAUGAUCGUUAUGAAGGCUACAUCGUCGACUUGUUAAGUGAAAUAAGCAAACUCUUGAACUUUCGUUUCGAGAUCAACUUAGUAAAUGAUGGCCAGUACGGAGCAAUUAAUAGCAAAACCAACAAAUGGAAUGGAAUGAUCGGAGAAGUUUUAAGUGGCAAAGCUGAUGUCGCCGUGGCAGACUUGACCAUCAACUCAGACCGUGAACUGGCUGUCGACUUCACCCACCCAUUCAUGAUGACGGGCAUCUCGAUAGUGUACAAGAAUCCGCUGACAAAGGAGUCCUCAUUUUGGUCAUUUCUGUCGCCCUUCACUCCAACAGUGUGGCUCUAUCUGAUGACGGCAUUUGCUGGCAUUAGUUUGGUGCUCUUCUACGUUGGCCGUUUUACGCCAUAUGAAUGGACAAUUCGCAAUGCAUGUAGGCAUCAUCAGCACAUUCUGAAAAAUGACUGCAGCAUGCAAAACAGCUUCUGGGCAACAAUUGGUUCACUGAUGCUGCAAGGAUCAGAUAUUACACCAAAAACUCUUUCUACGCGUUUAAUCAUCUCAAGCUGGUACUUUUUCACCCUGAUCAUGGUGUCUUCGUACACGGCCAACUUGGCUGCGUUUCUCACCGUUGAGAAAACUCGCUUUCCAUUUAACACAGUUGAAGAGCUAGCAACGCAAAAUAAAAUUACUUAUGGCUGUUUAGCUAAUGGAUCAACGUACAAAUUUUUUACAAAUUCAAAUAUUCCGACGUACAGAGCAAUAGGCAACUUUAUGAACGCUCAUCCCUCAUUGAUGGCAGCCAGCAAUGCUGCCGGAGCAGAAAAGGUAGAUAAUGAGAAUGGCAAGUACGCUUUCUUCAUGGAAUCGGCCACAACUGAGUACAUGACCGAGCGAUUCUGCUCGUUGACGCAAAUCGGCGGCCUGCUCGACCACAAAGGCUACGGUGUCGCUAUCAGAAAGAACUCCAAAUUGCGUAAUCAACUGUCAGAAACUAUCCUCAAAUUGCAAGAGACGGGUGUUCUGCAGUCACUCAAGGACCGCUGGUGGAAGCAAAAAGGUGGCGGUCAGUGCUCGACAAAACCAGCUCAGCCGCUUGUUAAGUUGAACAUAUUCAACCUUGGCGGCGUUUUUGUUGUACUUGCGACUGGCACCAUCUUUGCAGUGAUCAUUGCAGUUGGGGAUAAUUAA